UCACAUGACCAGAAGACGGAAGUGGCAUUUGAAGCCUCGUAAACAAUCGCUCUCUGACUGUCUCUUUCAAACAAACCGUGAUACAAACGAAAAGAAAACCACAAAUUAAUCGCGUUUUAUCAAGAUCUAAGUUGGGAUAGUCACCGGGAUCUCUGCUCGUCGAACUGUGAGACGGUAGGAGAGAGCGAGAGAGAAACAGAGACAGAGAGAGAUGGGUCUGUCAGAGAAAGAAGAGUGUGUCUUGUUGGAUCAAAAGCUGCUUGUCUUUAUGGACCAACUGGAGCUGCUGGAGGAGAAACGAGAGAGACUCAACUCUCUAAUAGAACAGGGAUGGUUCUCCAUGUCCAAAGCGAGGUAUUCGAUGGGCAACAAGCAGGUGUCUGCUCUGCAGUAUGGGAGUGAGAUGGAACCUCUGGUCCGAGUGCACACCAGGACUCUGGAGAGUGGUGAGGCCGAGUUCCAGACAAAGAGAAGGACGCUGAAGUCUCCUGAAGAGAGACAGGUGGAGGACAUUGGACCUAAAGACAAGGAGGGUGUGAGGAGAAGAGUGAAGACGCAGGAAGUUCCAGAGAUAGACCAGAGUGACAACAAGCAUCUGUGGACAGAGACUGAGCCGGCUCCCUCCUCCAAACCUGAACCCAACCCCCAGCAGGACCCACUGAAGUGGUUUGGAAUCCUGGUGCCUCAGACCCUGAAACAGGCCCAGGCCUCGUUCAAACAGGUGGUAGAGUUGUCAGCAGAGGUGGCUACUCUCCAGUCUGCAGUCCUGACCACCAGACAACAGUUGCAGAUGAAACAGAAGAGCAGCAGCCAGACCCCGGACCUGACUGACUGACUUGACUGACCAGACUGACCAGACGGACCUGACUGACCUGAUCAUGGUUUAGCGUACACAGCCACUCUCUCCCACAUAGUAUAGUAGUACUUCUGUCUAGAGCACUUUAUACAAAGGCUGAGGGGGCUGCAGCACCCCUGAUAAAUAAAUACAAAAUAUACAAAUAAUAAAAUAGACAUCUUUUUUUAUCACAA